UUCUUUAUUUGAAGUUCAUAGUUCUGAUUUUGAAGAUUCAAGUGACAGUGAAUUAGAAAUUAUAGAUAAAAAAACAAAACAGAAUCCUAUCACCACACAAAUAGAUAUUUUUUCAAAUACUGUCUCUACAACAAAGGAUAGUUCGAAUUCUGCUACAAACCCAACUGAUAAGUUAAACCCUAUUAAAACACCACCUGAUAAUGCCAAUGUCAUGAAUGUUGACUCUACAUCAGCUGAAAGUUUGGAACCUGUUGCUACACUUGUAAAAAAUGUGAAUGCUGUUGCUACAUCAGCUGAUAACUUCAAUGUUAUCACAUCAUCCAGUGAGUUGAACCCUGUUCUUGGACCAAAUGAUAAUUUUAAGUCUGUUGCUGCACCACCUGAAAAUUUUAAUUCUGGAAAUCAUGAUCAUGAUACACCUGAUGAGGAGGAAAUUAUUCGUGAUAAAGAUUUUCCAAAAAUUUACUGUCGCAAAACUUUACAUUCAAGUGAUUCCAAGUCUGGUAAAGAAAAGAAGUCGAGGAGAGUGUUUAACAACUAUCAUUGCUGUUUUGUUUGUGGAAACAUUAAAUCGAACAUAAGGAAACAUUUGUUUGUCCAUAAAGACAAUUCUGAUAUAAAACUCCUUCUAAAAAUGAAGGACGACCCAGAAAGAUGCGAAGAAGCUGGUUGUUUUCAAACUUACUUAAGAAAUAAAGGAGAUCAUCAACACAACCAAAAAGUAUUAGAAAAUAGAGCAGGUGAACUGAUUGUUUCCCGCAGACAAGAUAGUUUCAGUCACAAACAGUAUGGACCCUGUUCUUCAUGUCUAGAAUGGUUAAAAAUGGAUGUUUCAUUUGCAAAACACAAGCAGUGUUGUGUACAAGCCAAAAAAGGAGAAAAGACAAAAAUUGGUGAUGCUAUUAUAAAAAGUGAGAUGUUAAAGGGGUCUAUCUCGCUGGAAGCCUCUAAAAAACUGGUGUCAGAUGUGUUUCCAAUAAUGAGAAGAGAUGAAAUUGCUAAAAUUGCCAAAAGUGACAAACUGAUCGUUGGACUUGGAAACUAUUGGCUGAGACAGAAUAUUGGAAAUAAAUUAAAAAGAAAAAACUACACAAGUAGCAGAAUGAGAAGUACAGCAAGAUUAGUCAAAAAUUUACAAAGUAAUUGCACUCAACAGGGCGAAGAAAAAACAAUAUCACUAUAUGAUUUUCUGAUCCCUGCAAAGUUUGACUUAAUUGCCAACUCUGCAAUGCAGUGUGCAACUAUAGAUGCAGAUGAUGAAGAAGACCUUCUUCAUCCAACCGCUGCUAUCAAAAUUGGAUUUGAUCUAUUGAGAUUGGCAAAUCUGAAAAUAGGUGAGGCGAUGAGAGGGAAGUCGGAUGAAAAUCUUAGAAAGGAGGUAAGGGAAAAGUAUGCGAAAGAACGGGAAGAUGCGGAAGAUUUUUUGAGACUAAUGAAAAUGGAAUGGUCAAAUAAAGUCACAAGAAUUGCCAACAAAAUAUUAAGAGAAAGGAGGAUGGCAAAAGUAUCAGAAAACCCAACUCCAGAAGACUUACAAACCAUGGCAGAACACCUGGGAGAGAAGAUAAGAAACAUUUCUCUCAAAUUGGAAGAUGCAUCCCCCACUCAUGUUAAAGAGCUGCAAACAUAUGUUUUAAGCAAGCUUUUGCUUUACAACAAAAGAAGAUCAGGGGAACUUGAACAAAUGCUAUUGACUAACUAUCAUAACAGAAGCAAAGGUCUAAAUGAAUUUGAUCAAACUCUUGGUGCAGACUUGACUGAAACAGAAAAACUUCUACUUGGACAGCAGGAAAUUAUACAGAUUCAAGGAAAGGCUGACAAUAUAGUUCCAGUACUAGUACCUAUUGAAGUUAUUAAGCCGCUUGCCUAUCUUGCUGACCCCCAAGUGAGAGUAAAAGCUGGGAUUAAAUCGGACAACAUGUACUUAUUUGCUAACACAGGAAAUGGUGUUCAUAGAGCAUAUGAUUCAUUGAAGUGUGUGUGUGAGGAAGCAGGUGUGCGGUACCCUGACAGAAUAACAUCAGUCAACAUAAGAAAAUAUUUUGCAACUAUGAUGCAGGUGAUUGGCAUGCAACCGCAUGAGCUGGAGCAUUUAUGCAAACACAUGGGACACUCUUUCAAUGUUCACAUGCAGCACUACCGUGGGGCAUCAGGAUAUAUAGAAAGAUUCAAUAUUGGUAAACUUAUGUUGAUGCAAGACUUUAAUGUGGUUUCUAAAUUCAAAGGAAAGAGGAUUGAGGAUAUUAAUAUUGAAGAUAUAAUGAAACAGAAAAUGACAGAAAAAGAUGUUGACAAUAAAGAUGCCAUGGAUAAUGCAGAUGAACAAAUGGGAGUAAUGAAUGCCUUUGGUGAUGACAUUGAUUCAGAUGAUGGAACAGUAUCAUUCAGAUCAGGAAAAGGGAACAAGACAAAAUAUUCAAAAGUAACAAGAGUUCCGUGGACACCUGAGGAGGAAGAAGAAAUACAGUCUUUUUUCCAAUCUUAUCUUAACCAUACAUCUAAAAGAAAAUGCCCUGGCCAAAAAGAGAUAGCUGAAAUAGUGAAAAAGAGCAAACAUCUUAAAAGAAGACAGUGGGAGACAAUAAAAAAAAAAGUCUCCCACAUGAUGAAGAAAACACUCUUAGUCUAG